GGACAGCUGAUAUCAUAUUACAAUAAUGAACAUCAAAAAUCCGAAUCCAAAAAACAAGUACCUGUGGAGAGAGAAAGGAUCAUGAAAUGCUUCAAAACAAGAGAGAGAAAGAAAGUGAGGGUGCGCUGCUCAUUUCUUUUAAGUUCUUGAGGAAGGAUAAAGAGAAAAAAUAGAGACACAUGGAGUACCAUUUUUAUUAAAGAAAGUGAAGAGAGAGGAUAAUAAUAAUAAAUAAAAAUAAGAAAAAGAAAAGAAAGCAGGAAAGAUGGUGGUAGCGUUACCAGGAGGAGUCAUGGUAUUAGAAGAAGAAGAAGAAGAAGAAGAAGUGCAGAAGAAGAGAAGAGAAUAAGUAGUAAUCGAGAUGCGUGCAAAAAAUAAGAAGAAGUAGUAAUCGAGAUGCGUGCAAAAAAUAUUAUUAUCAAUAAUAAUAAUAAUACCAACCAUAACCCGGACAAUUUGUCCUCCUCCUUUUGAUCCUCAUUUUGCCCGGCAUUUAACUUCUCUCUCCUUUUGUCUUUGUUUUCUUGGGAUUUGAUUCUUUCUUUCAUAUGCUCGAAUCGAUCUGCGGAUGCAUUCUUGAUGAAUCCGGCAACGGUUAGUGAGAUGUUUCUUUUCUUUUAUUUCUUAAGCUUCUUUCUCGUGCCUCCUUUGGCGGCUGCUGCUGCUGCUGCUGCUGCUGUUCUUGUUUAGAAUAUCUUUUUCUCGUUGUUGUUAUUGUUGGUGUUAUAAUGGUGUUAACUUUAAUUGUGGUGUAAAUACUAGUUAACAGUUGUCAGAUUUGCUAGUGACCAUUGCUGUUGCUGUUGUAAGGAUUCGUAAGCCCUCCCUGGAUAUAUUUUGUGAUUCUUGGAGGAUUUUCUUAAUUUGUUUCCUCUUCAUCUUGAUUUCUUCUUAAUUACAUCUUCAAUAUCAAGAUACCAUACAAAUUAACCGCACCCACCUUUCUUUUCUUUUCUUUUUCCUUCUCGUGGAUUUCAACACUAGUCAACCGAGUUCAUUUCUUGAUUUUCUUUCCAAAUCCCCUCCAAAUUCUGCUAAAGUCAAAGAAGAGGGGCUUUUUUAAACAGUGGGGGUCGUGAUUUGAUUUGGGCUGGUUUUUAUUUCUAUGGGAAUACCUGAUACUUCUCUAUUGGAUCUACUAGACAAGGUUAGGUCUUGGAUUUCUUGGGGAGCAAGUGAUCUUUCAGCAUCUUGUUUGUCUGCUAAUUUUCAGAUGCCUAAUAACGGAACUGUCGAGAUGUGUCGUGAGUGUCAUUCAAACAACAACCAGUUUUUUAAUGGAUACCAUUGCCAAAGUUGUGGCAAGUGGUUGUGUUUCAAUUGUAUGAGAGGUUACCAAUCAAAUGGUGAUUUUGGGGAGGCUAUCAAAUCUUGCAAGUUCUGUAAUGGGGUUACUGUGAAACGUGAUGGUGGAAGGAAGAAUAGUGAUAAAGUACACCCUAGUGACUCUCCUAGAGGUAGCCCUGAGCCACCAUCACCUUCUUUUAGUGCCCAGCCAGUCCAGAGUGAUCUUCUUCCCCUUUAUCUUGAAUCCAGGGAUUGUGGGUUUUCUCCUAAUGCAAUAACCAGGAGCAUGACUUCUUUAAGUGCUCGCCCGUCUCCUGUUUCUGUUCGUCGCUCAUCAAGCAGGAGUGAUGAAGAAGCAGCAGAGGAUUCUGGGAAACUCCUUUACAGCCCAUCGAGUGAGUACUGUCAUGAUAUUUCAGAUAUAGAUUCAAGUAGUGUUAGUGCUAGGCUUGAGUUUUACAAUUGUAAGUCGGUGGGAUCAAGUCCUUUAGACAGCCCUUCUCGGAUUGAUUUUAGUUCUUGUAGAGUUGGGCAUACUGUACAGCAGCGGCGAGAAGGAAGCCCAUUGUCUCAAAGUGAUGGUCCCUUUGAUCAAGAAAAUAUGGCUAUUUUAAGCAGGCCUGACAAAAGGACUGAGGAUCCAGAGAAUACUGAUGAUUGCUCUGAUGACGCGUCAGUUUUGAGGGAUCAAUAUCACAAGUCUCCAAAGCCAUUGGAUUUUGAAAGCAAUGGCCUUAUCUGGUUUCCCCCACCUCCUGAGGAUGAAAAUGAUGAGGAAGAGAGUAAUUUCUUCACAGAUGAUGAUGAAGAUGAUGAUAUUGGGGACUCUUCUGCAAUUUUCUCAUCGAGUAGUAGCCUUUCUAGCACAUUUCUAUCAAAGGAGAAACAGAAUAAGAUUAACAAGGACCCUACUAAAGCUAUGAUACAGGGGCAUUUUAGGGCUCUUGUGGCUCAGCUUUUACAGGGAGAGGGUAUCAACGCCAGCAAGGAUGAAAACAAUGGAGAAUGGCUUGACAUAGUCACAGCAAUUGCAUGGCAAGCUGCAGCUUUUGUGAAACCAGAUACCAGCAGAGGAGGCAGUAUGGAUCCUGUUGAUUAUGUAAAGGUUAAAUGUAUAGCAUCAGGAAAUCCAAGAGAUAGCGCCCUUGUAAAGGGAGUCGUUUGUACAAAAAAUAUAAAGCACAAGCGCAUGACCACACAAUACAAAAAUCCCAGAUUGCUUCUUUUAGGAGGAGCGGUCGAAUAUCAGAGCGUUGUGAAUCAGUUGGCUUCUUUUAAUACAUUAGUGCAACAGGAAAAUGAUCACCUCAAGCUGAUCAUGUCGAAGAUAGAGGCUCUUCGCCCAAACGUUCUGCUGGUUGAGAAAAGUGUAUCUCCGUAUGCCCAAGAAUAUCUACUGGGAAAGGAAAUUUCCUUGGUGCUGAAUGUAAAAAAGCCUUUACUGGAACGUAUAGCUCGGUGUACAGGUGCUCAGAUUAGUCCAUCGUUUGAGAAUAUUUCUACAACACGACUGGGUCAUUGUGAACUAUUCAGGGUAGAGAGAGUGAGUGAAGAACAUGAGACAAGCAAUCAGUUCAACAAAAAGCCAUCUAAAACAUUGAUGUUUUUUGAAGGGUGUCCAAGGCGUUUAGGUUGCACGGUCCUUCUGAGGGGCACAUGUCGUGAAAAGCUAAAGAAGGUCAAGCAUGUUAUUCAAUAUGCAGUUUUUGCAGCAUAUCACUUGUCCCUCGAGACUUCUUUCCUUGCCGAUGAGGGUGCAAGUCUUCCUAAGAUGACAAUUAGACCCUCAAUUACUAUUCCUGAGAAAACAGCAGCAGAUAAUUCCAUUUCAGUUAUCCCUCCAAUGAUUUGCCAUGCCGAAGUUGCUUUGUCUACUCAGGAUGAUGGAUCACUGGGUCUUAAACCAGAGCAUGAAGGAUCAGAAUCAUUGACGGGGAACCUUGAUGCUGGUGUCAUUCAUCCUUUAUCUCCAUGUUCCGUCCCUUGUAGGUCUGGAAAUGAAUUCUCUAUUGCAUGCCAUGGUGAUUUAGUGUCUAAUGCGGGGGGAUUGGAUGCAUUUUCUGCAAGUCGAUGUGAGGGUCUAAAGAUGUUUGCUGUUUCCCCUGGUAUCAAAAAUCUUUCACAGCCAGAACUACAAGAUAUCAUGGCUGAAGAAGAGGGACAACUUUUGGCAACUCAUGAACCAGUAAAAUCUGAGAAGAUUGAGGAAGAUGAGGUUUCCAGUGAAUAUUUCUCAGUCUCUGAAACGUACCAGAGCAUAUUAGUAUCAUUUUCAAGUCGCUGUGUGCUGAAAGGAACUGUAUGUGAACGCUCUCGGCUUCUGCGCAUAAAAUUCUAUGGAAAUUUUGAUAAGCCACUUGGAAGAUAUCUUCGUGAUGAUCUGUUUGAUCAGAAAUCAUGCUGCAGGUCAUGUAAGGAGCCAGCCGAAGCACAUGUUCUGUGUUUCACUCAUCAGCAGGGUAAUCUUACAAUCAAUGUUAGAUCCCUUUCCUCUGUAAAACUACCUGGAGCACGUGAUGGUAAGAUAUGGAUGUGGCACCGAUGCCUAAGAUGUGCUCAUAUAGAUGGAGUCCCACCAGCAACUCGUAGACUUGUCAUGUCGGAUGCUGCCUGGGGACUUUCUUUUGGGAAGUUUUUGGAACUGAGCUUUUCAAACCAUGCAACUGCCAAUCGUGUUGCACCCUGUGGUCAUUCAUUGCAGAGGGACUGUCUUAGAUUCUAUGGGUUUGGGAGCAUGGUUGUGUUCUUCCAGUAUUCCCCUAUUGAUAUUCUCAAUGUCUCCUUACCGCCAUCAGUGCUUGAAUUCAACGGCAUUGUUCAGCAAGAGUGGACAAGGAAAGAGGCAGUAGAGCUCUUGGGGAAAAUGGAAACCUUCUAUGGUGAGAUAUUUGGUGUGCUUGACAGCAUGGAACAGAGAAGUAAAUAUUUUGGAAGUGAAUUGGCAGAUACCAAUGAGUUACAGAAUCGCAUCAUGGAGCUGAAAGAUCAACUCGUAAAGGAAAAAAACAAUUACAGUUCCCCUUGCAAACAGGGCAUGCUACAACUGGCAGUUAUGGAGAGUUUACAGUUGGAUCAAACAGCCAUGGACAUUCUAGAACUCAAUCGCUUAAGACGUACUCUUCUAAUUGGUUCUCAUGUUUGGAAUCGGAAGCUUUAUUCACUGGACUGUCUCAUUAAGACAAACUAUCUUGUCAAGGCUAAAGAAGGGGAUGUGUCUUAUACUGAGCUGAAAGAUUUGAAGAACGAUAUAUUUUGCGAGGAUAGCAAGCUUGACCGUGAUCAUGAAGAAAAUAUCUCUGGCUAUUCAAAAUCACAGGAACAUGUUGGGAAUGAUUUUCAGUCAGAGAAGAAAGAAGCAGGUCUGUCCUUCGAACAUCGUGUUCUUGAACAUUCGAUGUUGCCAUCAUGUUAUCAUAACACAGAGGAUGAAGUGCAUGCAGAUGAGGAAACUGCGAGUAAGACAUUAUUUAGUGACAUCCCUUCCCAUGCUUCCAAUCUGUCUGACAGAAUUGAUUCUGCAUGGACGGGUACUGAUCAACUUCCAAUUAAAGUUCAACCUCUGCAUGCAUCUCAGGCAGAGGCAGAUGGAUUCCAACCUGUGUCUGUCAGGCAGCCAAAUUUGUUUGAUAAUGCUCCUUUUCGAAGGAUGGUGGCACCAGAGAGAGUUCAUUCUUUUGAUUCUGCAUUGAGAGCCCAAGAAAGAACCCAGAAGGGGUUGCCUCCAUUGCAUUUGUUGACUGCCAGAUCAUUCCAUGCAUCUGGAGAUUACAGGAGUAUGGUGAGAGAUCCUGUUUCAAAUGCAAUGAGGACUUAUUCCCAGAUAUUGCCACUGGAGGCACAUAAGUUGAAUUCAAUGCACAGUUCCACGCACUCGUUUAUCUCCUCUGCAGCUAAUAUGGCUGGAGGAGCUCGGUUAUUGUUACCAGUGAGGGCCAACAGAGACUUAGUUAUAGGCGUUUAUGACAAUGAUCCUGCAAGUGUAGUUUCCUAUGCCCUCAGUUCUAAGGAAUAUGAGGAUUGGGUUACUGAUAGAUCAAAUGAGAGUGGAGGGAUCUGGAGUACAAUUAAGCACAGUAAAGAAGAUUCUGCAGCUUCCUCUUUUACAGCCUGGCAGUCUUUAGAUUCCAUGGACCUAGAUUAUAUGAGCUAUGGAAGUUAUGGGUCUGGAGAUCCUUUUUCAACCUUGGGCACCUUGUUUAUGGAUUCAAAAAAAUCUCCACACUUGACAAUUUCAUAUGAAGAUGCUUCUUCAAUUGCUGAAGGCAAAGUGAGGUUUUCUGUUACUUGUUAUUUUGCAAAGCAGUUUGACUUUCUUAGGAAGAAAUGCUGCCCUAGUGAUGUUGAUUUUGUUCGUUCACUGAGUCGCUGUCAGAAGUGGAGUGCGCAAGGAGGAAAAAGCAAUGUAUACUUUGCUAAGUCAUUAGGUGAGAGAUUCAUCAUAAAAGAAGUAAAAAAGACUGAGUUGGAGUCCUUCGAGAAAUUUGCCCCAGAAUAUUUCGAGUAUCUGAUUGAUUCUCUCAACUCAGGGAGCCCCACUUGCUUGGCUAAAAUUCUUGGUAUUUAUCAGGUUACUGUAAAGCAUUUGAGAGGUGUCAAGGAAAAAAAAAUGGAUUUGAUGGUGAUGGAAAACCUCUUUUUUAACAGAAAUAUUGUGAGAGUCUACGACCUUAAGGGCUCUUCUCGAUCCCGCUACAAUCCUGACACAUCUGGGUCUAACAAGGUGUUACUAGAUACGAAUCUAGUGGAAAGACUGCGUACAGAGCCCAUAUUUCUUGGAAGUAAGGCGAAGAGAAGCCUUGAGAGAGCUAUAUGGAAUGAUACGUCAUUUUUAGCAUCUGUUGAUGUUAUGGACUACUCUUUGCUCGUUGGAGUGGAUGGUGAGCGGAAGGAGCUGGUUUUGGGGAUCAUUGAUUUCAUGAGACAGUAUACAUGGGACAAGCAUUUAGAGACGUGGGUUAAGGCAUCUGGAAUACUUGGCGGCCCGAAAAAUGCUUCCCCAACAAUUGUUUCUCCAGAACAAUACAAGAAAAGAUUCCGAAAAGCCAUGACUUCAUACUUUCUCACUGUACCUGAUCAAUGGUCUUCAUGGACUGAAUCACUGCAUUCUUGUCAUUCAUAAUCAUUUGUUCAUGAAUAAGGAAGUCAGAGAGAUUAGUGGGGAAGGGAGGGACGCCAUCCAAUCCCAGUAAAUUUCUCUCUCUUCCCUUCUUGUUUUUUUUCUUCAUUUGGGUGGAAUCUUUCGUGUAUGGGCAAAGUGGGGCCCAAACAAGAAACUUAUAUACGAGGGAAUAAAAAUUCCUUGUCGAGAGGUCUUUGUACAUUUCUUUUUUUAUACACGUGCAAUUGCGACCUCGGAAUAAGAAACCAAAUUAUGCUUUGCACUGUGAUCUUUUUCCUUCGUUGGCAAGAAUAGCUGGUAAACUUGGAUUCGAAGUUCUUAGCAUAUGAAAGAGCAGAUUAUAACCCCGUGCAUUCAAUAAAUUUGAAUUUAUUAUUUCAUCA